AUGACAAGAGCUUAUCAAGAGGACCUUCAAACAAAAGAAAGACAACUACAUCAACUACGUCAAGAACUUCAAGAGAAACAACAAACUCAAGCUAAUCUUGAACUUGAGUACAGAAAUAGAGAAAGGUUACUUCAACAACAGCUACAAGAUAGUCAAGAGAGUGAAAGAGUACUACGUCAAGAGUGUGAUGACCUUCACCAAGAACAUGAUGAUUAUCGUCAACAACAUGAUAAUAUUGAACAACGUCUUCGUCAACAACUCCAAGAGUCAACUACUGCUCUUCAACAAACACAUCAAGCUAAUGCCACUCUACAACAACAAGUUCAACAGUUACAAGAACAGUCUCACUGGGUGAGGAGGAAGGAAGAGAUUGAGAUGACUGAUGAAGUUUUUGGGAAAGGAGUUUUUACAAGAGAAAUGGAGAUUGCUGCUCGAGUACGUCAUCCUAAUCUCCUUCAGUUCAUAGGAGCCACUCAAGUGGGUACUCCUAUCAUCCUCUCAGAACUAAUGCCAACUAGUCUUCGCAAAGAGCUAGAAGCUGGUCCUCUACCCUAUCAUGCUGUUUUAGCUAUCAGUCAAGAUAUAGCCUGUGGUCUCAACUAUCUCCACCUCUUUAAACCAGACCCAAUACUACAUAGAGAUGUCAGCACUGCUAACGUUCUGUUACUGCCAAUUGGUGGUGGGUGGAGGGCCAAGGUAUCAGACUAUGGUUCAGCUAAUCUUCAACCAAUGAUUGGGCAUACAGUCUAUCCAGGUAAUCCAGUUUAUUCUGCUCCAGAAGCUGGUAUACCAAAAGACCAUUCUCCUGCAAUGGAUGUUUAUAGUUAUGGUGUUGUCUUGAUUGAAAUGAUGAUCUGUCGUAUUCCUGAGGUAGCUCAGAGACAACUUCAUAUUAACAGUAUUAGACAACCAAUGUUUAAAGCUCUUAUUGAGCGAUGUUUGAAAGAGAAUCGUAGAGAACGUCCGACAAUAGAAAGAGCUCUUCAAGAGUACCUUCAAACAAAAGAAAGACAACUACAUCGAGAGCUUCAAGAGAAACAACAAACACAAUGUGAGAAAUUAAACACAGUCCUCAAUAUAAUAUUACUAUUAUAA